UAAUACAUGUGUAUAUUACUUAUUAAUCCAACACAACAAGCCAUGACGUCAUAGUGUUAUUGUUUGUUGACAUAGUGAGAUGUGAGCGUUAAACUUAAUGGUCGUUUUUGUUGUACUGUUGAAACUGCGUGUUUCUUUUAUUUUGUCCACACUAUUUACAUUUAAAUCAUUUAAAACAAAGUUGGAAGCAGUAUUCAGGUGUGUGACAGUGAGCAGGCCGUGAAGCCUCCCCCCAAACGCAGACGCAUCCUGGACCCGUCGGCCGUGGUCUCGGUACCCGUCUACUCCAACAAGGUGAGCAGCAGCCUGCGGCUGAAGCCGAUGGCGGCCGUGUUCACCGAGCAGGAGAACUCAGACGACGGUUUGUGGUCGCGGUUUUCUUCUCGAGUCCCGGCGUCAAACGCCAUCGAACUCAGCGACUCCGAGGAGGACGCAGCGGAACCCGAGCCGGAGAACGCGGAACGAGCGGAGUCCUGCUGCCCGUCUCCUCCAGAGAGUCCAGUCCAGAAGCAGUCCAGACGGGUCCGGAGGAAGAUCAGUGAGAUCGACAGGAAGCUCCGGGCAGUGAACUCCUUCCUGUCUCCUGAGACUCGUGACAGGAAGUCCGACGAGGAUGACGUCAUCGUUGUGAACCCCGCCUCUGGACUUCAGGGUUCUCCGUACAGCUCGUCGGUCCGGGAGAUCCCCCUAAAGAUCCGCUGCCGGACAGACGUCCACAAGAUCCCGGUUCUGUCGUCGACGCCUCUGAGUGACGUGUUGGCCCAGCUGUCCGUCAUCCUCGAUGUCCCUCCUCCUCGCCUCCUGCUGCUGAGGGAGGAGGAGGAGCUCCCGUCGGGCGCCAGCGUCGGCGAGCUCGGCCUCGGCAUCGCUGACAUCAUCGAGUGCGUGGUCAUGUCGGCGGAGGACGGCCCCGAAGCCGACCGCGGCGUCACCGUGAGGCUGCAGAGCAAAGACCGGGCCGCCUCCCAGGAGUUCUCGCUGCACCGGGACGCUCCUCUGGGCUCCGUCUUCUCCCGCUAUCUGUCCCGGCUGCCCGCCGUUGCUCAGGCGAAGGUCCGCUUCCUCUUCGACGGCUGCAGCGUGGCGUCCGGACAGACGCCGGCUCAGCUGGACAUGGAGGACGGCGACAUCAUCGAAGUUUGGCUCUAGAUUCACUUUGUGUGUAAACGUUACUUUAAUAUCGGGAUCGUAUGUUUUAGAACUAACGGUAAACAGCCCAGGAAUAAUUGUAAACUUAUUUUUAUGUUCACUCUACUUUGUACUUUUUUUUAAUAAUAAUAAAAUGAGUGGAAGUUGCUCAACGUGCUUUAAUUCUAACAAUA